AUGGCCGAAUUUCCGCAUUUUGGUUCGCAUUGUGGAGUGGAAUUCUGCAAUCAACUCGAUUUUUUGCCCAUAAAAUGUGAUGCUUGCCGUGGUGAAUAUUGUACACAACACUUUGUUUAUGACGCUCACAAUUGUGAAAAUGCCUAUAGAAAAGUAAGAUUUUACUUGGGAGAAAAAUUUAAAACAACAUUUUUCCCCGGAAAAGUGCGGUAGAGCGCAAAAGCAUUUUCUAGACCAAAAUUUCGCGAAUUUUCAGAAUAUCCAGGUCCCGGUGUGCCCAAUGUGCUCGCAACCGGUGCCUACACCAAAAAACGUGCCUGCCGAUUAUCAAGUCAACGAACAUAUCCAGAAUAAUUGUGAAAAAUCGAAGAAACGGGAGAUUUACAAGAAUAAGUGUAGUGUAAAAGGAUGUCGAAAGAAGGAAUUGAUACCUGUGACGUGUCCCACGUGUAAAUUGAAUUAUUGUUUGACACAUCGACAUGAGCAAGAUCAUAAAUGUGAGGGAAGUGUGGAGCAGAAGGCGGGUGGUGGAUUUUUGAGCAGCGCGUGAGUUUUUUGGGGGAAAAAUUAUGAAAAUGUCGUUCUAGAGCUCAAAAUCCGGGUUUUGAGACGAUUUUUGAACUAAAAAUUGUGAAAAUUCGGUCUUGGGGUGAUUUUUAGCUUUAAAUUCGUAAAAUUUGAGCCCUGGAGCAAAUUUUAGCUUAAAAAGUUGAGCUAGUCGCGAAAAAUCUGAUUUCUAGCUUGAAAAAUGGGUCUUGACACGAUUUUUAGCUUAAAAAUGAAGAAAAUUAGGUCCUGAAGCGAUAUUUGGCUUGAAAAUUAUGAAAAUUGGGUCUCGAGACGAUUUUUUCAGUUAAAAAUCAUGAAAUUCGGCUCCAGAAGCAAGAUUUCACGAAAUUGGCUUAAAAUUUGGGUCUUGACACGAUUUCCAACCUAAAAACCUUGAAAAUUCGCUCCUGGAGUGAUUUUUAGCUAGAAAAAUGGGUCCCGCAACGAUUUCUCAACCGAAAUCCCAUGUCCCUUUAAAAAUUCAAAUUUUUCAGCGUUGCCGCCCUCUCACUAAACCGAAAUUGCUCAUCUCAAGCACGAAAUGAGGUAAGUGCGCUCUACUGAACUUUUUUCAAAUUUUUUUGGCGCCAAAUCCAAAAAAUUCAAAUUUUUUGCAGCAAGUCACAUCAGAUGAGCAAUUGGCCAGGGCUUUACAACAAGAAGAAUAUUCGUGAGUAGAGUUUUUUUGGCGGGAAAAUUUUUGAAUUCAAAUUUUUUCAGGAAUCCGGGCUCGUCACAAAAUCGUCAGCAGCGAAAUUCGCAAAAUAAUUGUACAGUAUCCUGA